AUGACAGAUGACAACCUGACGGAGCAGUGCGACUGGCUCAGCGGCGGGAACCGAACUGAGCCGCGCGUAACGGAGCUGCCGGACGCUGCCAGCUGCCUCUUCCUCUCCGUCCUGCCUGACGGAGAAGCAGUGCCAGCGCUGGUUUGUGUUUUUGUGCUUCUGACUCUCUUCUCGUUUCUGGUUAACGCUUUUACGCUUUUCGGAUUGGAGCGCUCCGAGGACCUCUCCUGGGAGCCGCGCGUUGCUCUCUUUUACAAUCUGAUUUUGAGCGACCUCUUGCAGACUGCCACGCAAGGUCCGACGGUCAUCCACUCACUCAUCCAACGCAGGACGAUUGCGUUCAGCACCUGGUGUCACGUCCAGUACUUCGUGGGGACCGUGAGCCUUUUCUCCAGCCUCCUCACCAUCACGUGCAUGGCGCUGGAGCGCUACUUCUACGUGUGCCACGCCAUUCGCUAUCUGUCCAUCCUCACUCAGUCGCGCCUGCGGCUAAGCCUGUGCCUCAUCUGGGGCUACUCCAUCUCCGUCACCGCCACCAAUAUGUUGUUGCUGCUGCAAACCGGGCAACAGAAUGAGCAGGUCACCAGGGGGUUACUGUGCGAGCCGGACAUGAUGGAGCAGUACAUGGGAUUCCCGCGUGCACCUGCAGUCUUUCGCAAACUCACUGGCUCCUUUACUCUGCUGCUGUGCCUGCUGGUCUACGGGCUGUCCUACAUGAGGAUGUACCAGGACGCGCGUAAAGCUAUGAUACCGUUCAACAGGAUCAACUCCAAAGCGCGUAAAACCGUGUUGUUCUACUGCGCCAUGCUGUUCCUGCAGCUGCUGCCGCUGCUGCUCAAAGUCACCUCGGACGCGCUGUGGGAGGUGGAGGGCACCAGCGCGAUGAUCGCCUCCUCUCAGGAGAAGCCGUCCUCCUCCACCACGGCGGCCGUGCUCCACAUGUCACUGUUGGUGAUGCUGUUGGUGCCGCCGUGCAUCAACCCGCUGGUGUACGGGCUGAGGAACGUGGAGAUGAGGCAGGCGCUGUUCAAACCGCUGCGGUUCUGUUUGGAGAGGAGAGGCGCGGCAGAGUGCAGAUUAGAGGAGAUGAGAGUUGACAUUGUGCUUAACAACCGAUCUCAGUGA